AGACAGUCUGUGGGCAAAACAUCUCUUGCAAACCAACGCACCUCAUGUGCACACAAACCCACAGCUUACUUUCCGUUUCUCUCCAGGAAGCUCCUGCUUUGUUUGGCAGCUCUUUUAGACGUCUCUGUCAUGCAAAUGAGCUGUAUGAACUCUGUUGUGCCGUUGCUGCUUUCCAAGCCGGUGGAAAAAAGUGUGUAACUGUAAAUGUCACAUGUCUAUAUCUCCCAUGUAGGGUCACACUCCUUCAGAACUCCUUCGCUUAGAGGUGACAGACUGUUCUGAAGUUGAGAGAAGUGUUUCAAUGUUUGCUGAAAUGACACCAGGUUCAAACCACUCACGCUCAAGGAAAGGGAUUGAAAGAAAUUGCUGCGUACCGUACAGACAACAGAAACCCAGAUCUGAGAGGAUUUGCAACUUUUCUUCAGGGUCAAGGACCAAGGAUCAGAGAAAAUCUCCCUGCCUCAGGACCUGCCUGACGUUUUGCUUCAAGGACCAGGCAAGGAUGGAGCAAAUGGAACUACCGGUGGACCCUCAUGUUGAAGGGACUGAAGGGAGACUCAGGGAACUGGCUUCAAAGUGGUUCAUAGAGACUCAAGUGCCGCUCAUCGUCCACAACGGCUUCUUCCCCACCUGGUUCCUGGGCUUCAUCACAAGAAAGGAGGCUGAAGAAAUACUGCGAGAAAAGGAGCUGGGCUGCUUCCUGGUCCGUCUCAGUGAUAAGGCCAUCGGAUACAUACUGUCUUACAAAGGCAGGGAUCGGUGUCGACAUUUCGUGAUUAGCCAGAGUGAAUUGGGGCAGUUUGUAGUGUGUGGAGACACUGAAGAGCACAACUCGGUCUCUGGUCUCAUAGAGCACUACAAGACGAGCCCCUUUCAGCCAUUUGGAGAGUACCUGACAUCUACGUGCUUUGAGGCGCUGGAUAAAGAGUUGUAUGACAUCAUCCAGGUUAAAGAAAAGCCUGUGGCCAGUGUCAGAGCUGUGAGGAGCAAUCCACAGACUAACUCGACCUCAGAGAAGCCCCCUGUACGGCCACCAAAGAGCAAAAGGACACCAGAGGAAGGGCCACCUUUGCCUCGGAGGAGCAGGCCCCUUGAUAGUGGCCCCCUGAAUGACCCGGACAAGGUUAUGUAUGCUCAGCUCAGGAAGCAAUCACCCAGGGAGAUACCGAGAUCCCAACACAUCCCUCAAGACAAUUUCCCCGGAGAUAAUCUGGGGCGAGCUGCUGGAAGAUCCACAACCCAGGAUCAGAGCAGGUGCAGUCCUCCAUCUGGACCAGAGUCUGUUUACUCUGAGCUCGGCCUGCUGGACAGCAAGAGCAGGUCUCUACCGCGUCUCGACAACAGCUCUGAUGGAGAGCAGUCUUACAGGCUGAGUGCACCCCCACACACGCCACCGAGGCUUUCCCCAAAACCCGUCAGACAAAAGACAGAGAGGACGGAGUCGUGCUUCCCAGCGAGCAGCAGCCACAGCCUGGAACACAUGAGUGACAGUGGUGUCUAUCACCUGGCUGGCCGACCUGGUAGCCCACACACUACAGCCUCUGGGACCAGGUACGCUGAGGUCCCCAAUGAAGUUGACAAUACAUAUGAGCUGCUUCCUGGCCACGACGACACACCUGAACCCAACAGCAACACCUAUGAGCCUCUGGAGGACCUCAGACCAAAACAUACCCACUCAUCCUGGGGGUUAAAGAAUGAUAAAUGGAAAUGGUUGUUCCCUGACGCUAAGAGGAAAUGGUGAAAAGGUCACCUCACCAGCUACGGAUGAAAACGUUCACUAAUUUUACUUUGACACUACAGUGGUCCUUACAUGUUAACAGCUAUUCACAUAAGAUCUUCUGUAUUUUUGCUUUUUAAUGUAUUUAUUUAAUAACUAUGAUUUCUUUUCCACAUUUAAAUAAAUGAGAGAUUCAAAACG